GAGUUCCCGCACUUCAGAGUUCAGGGGGUUUCUGGAUGGGCUUUGGCAUAUCGUCGCUUGCCAGUGUAUCAAUGGCGAUGGCGACAGGCGUUUGGUUUAAUACCCUUAUCAAGAGCAAAGCCAAGGAAUCAUUUCCUACGCGUAUCAAAUCCGGCAUCAAUAUUGCCAAGAGACGGUCCAUCAAUUCUGGUGUGAUGAACCCACGGGAAUUUCGGAGCUUUCCUCUUGUUGAAAAGCAACAAAUCUCUCCAGACACCUAUCGGUUUUUCUUUGGUCUUCCAGAGCCUGGGUCGCUUCUAGGACUACCAACAGGUCAGCAUGUCUAUAUAAGACAUGAGAAUUCUCAAGGCGAUAUGGUUAGCCGGAGCUAUACCCCUGUAUCGACUAAUCGUGAAAGAGGACGCAUGGAGUUGGUGGUGAAAACUUACCCGGAUGGCUUCAUGUCCCAAUACCUUGCAAACCUUGCAAUUGGUGAUAAAGUCGAUUUUCGAGGUCCUGGUGGAAAGAUGAAAUAUACUCGGUAUCUGACUAAGGAAAUUGGCAUGAUUGCCGGUGGGUCAGGAAUCACGCCUAUGUUCAGCAUAAUCAAAGCCGUUUGCACGACCGAGAAGGAUAAUACCAAGAUCAGCUUAUUGUUUGCUAACAAGACUGAAGCUGAUAUUCUUCUUCGCAAAGAACUCGAUGAAUACGCCCAAAAGUUCCCCCACAAAUUCAAGGUGUGGUAUAUUGUGGAUACUCCUCCUCCUGGCUGGAAAUACGGUAGUGGGAGAAUUAAUGAGGGUUUAAUCAAAGAACGAUUACCCAGGCCGAAUGGAGAAGAUUCCAAGAUUCUUCUUUGUGGACCUCCAGGGAUGCAAAAGGCGAUGGUCAACACGCUUGUCGGGCUAGGAUUUCGUCGUCCUAGCGCUGUUGCAAAUGUCACUGACGAGAUUUUUGUCUUUUAG